AUGGCCGACAACGUCGACGACUUCGUCGCCGGCUGGGUCUCUGGCGCGGUGGCCACGCUCGCGACGCAGCCAUUUGACAUGGCUGUCACGCGGAUGCAGGCGACGACGCACCAGCCAGGACCCACCCUGGCGUCCCUCCGCUCGCUCAUGCGGCUUGACGGUGCCUCGCUCGGCGCGGCCUGGCGCGGGGUCGGACCGCUCCUGCUGGGCACGCCGUUCAACAACGCCCUCAUCUUUGUUGGGUACGGCUCGGGCAAGCGCUUCUCCGAGACCGGAGACGAGACGCCAAACUCGCUGUUGCCCGUCUUCAUCGGAGGCUGCGUCGGCGGCUUCGCCCAGUCCUUCCUCGCCUCGCCCGUCGAGCUCAUCAAGGGCCUCGCUGCCACCAUCGCGCGCGACGUGGUGCCGCACGGCGUUUGGUUCGCAUCGUAUGAGGUGGCGAAUCCAGCAACGCCAGCCCAGGCCCUCGCGCCAAGCCUGGCGCGCCGACACCGGCUCCCACCUCCUCUCGCCCUCAGGCAGCUCUGGCGCGAGGGGGGCGUCGCCGCGAUGUACUCUGGCUUCGGGCUCAAGAUGUGCCGCGCGGUGUACGAGCAUGUCUAUGCCACGUGCCGCAGAUUGCGCGGCGCCGACGGCGAGUGA